AUGCCGGCAGUUAGAAAAUUAAGUGGAUUACAAAAAGAAGUAAUUCAUUUAUAUAGACAAUGGGUAAGAAUGGCACAUACUAAACCAAUUAAUACACAGCCAAGAUUUAUGAAUUUUAUUCAUGAAGAAUUUGAUAAAUAUAAAAAUUUACCAAGAAAAGAUUUUACAACAAUCGAAUAUUUAUUACGUACGGGAUCAAGAAAAUUACAGAUGUAUUCUCAGGAUGAUGUUAAGGAUAUUCAUUAA